AUGGAAGGCCAAGAAUCCCAAAAGGAUGUCCCCACUCAACGGCGGCAUGAGAAAAAGACCAACGACCGGAUGAGGACAAGAUCGUCGAGUGACUCAAACGAGAGCUUGAACCAGCCGAAAUUACGCAACGAGGAUAAGUGGCUCGAGCGUGAGAAGGCAUUAAGAAAUUCAACCGCGACCCGAAUUACAAAUUCCUCCAUGAGCGCUCUUGCCGCCAGCGGUGCCCCUCCGACUUCUCAGUACAACCCGGUCACUCUGUUUUGUGAGCCCAUUGACAAGGUCUUCCCGGGUUCUGAAUAUCCCGAAUUCGAAUUAGUUGAGGAGGCCCACUACACGUGUCGUGUUUGUAACCAUUUACGUAAGCAAGUUCUUGUCCUUCGAGUUGCCGAAAAUCUACAUGAGUAG